GAGUGCUUUUGGUCCGGAGGAAGGUUUUGGUUCGCCAUCGAUGUGCCCAAAGAGUACAAUAUUCUGGUAAUACGAGCAACAGAUCCAUUGACUGACGCGAGUGGUCCCCCUCAAGUGAAAUGUCAGACCAGGAUAUGGCACCCAAACAUCUCAGAGGACGGAGACAUAUGUCUCAGUCUUCUGCGCGAGAGCUCCAUCGACGCCAUGGGGUGGGCGCCCACCCGGACGCUCAAGGAUGUGGUCUGGGGUCUCAACUCACUGUUCACCGAUUUACUGAAUUUCGAUGACCCGCUCAACGACGAGGCGGCCGACCAUUACCUCAGAGAUCGGGACAGCUUUGAGCACAAAGUGAGAGAUUAUGUACACAAAUAUGCAAAGUCUUAAUACUUAUUAUUAAUUAUUAUUAUUUAUAACCAAUUGUUAGUAUAAAACAUCUCCUUUUUUCUAAUAAAUAUUUUUAAUUAACACUAAAACAAA